GUGAGAAGCUUAAAUUUCGCUGGAUUGUUGGGCGGCGGUGUACUUCACACCAAAUUAUGGCUUAUCGAUCGUACUCAUGUAUACGUUGGUUCAGCGAAUAUGGAUUGGAGAUCUCUUUCGCAAGUCAAAGAACUCGGUUUGAUAGCCCUGAAUUGUUCCUGUUUAGCGAACGAUUACGCCAAAAUAUUUGAUGUAUAUUGGAAAUUAAGCGAAGAUGGUAAAGUGCCUUCCACAUGGCCAGAUUCCUUUAGCACAAAGAUAAAUAUUGAUAAUCCUAUGAAUUUUACAUAUAUGGAUAAUAAGUACAAACUGUUUAUCGCGAGUUCACCUCCACCAUUUUCACCAAAAGGUAGAAGUAGCGACCUAGACGCGAUUGUGCACUGUAUUGCUAAAGCGGAAAAGUUCAUUUAUAUCUCUGUGAUGGAUUAUUUCCCGUUAACAAUAUAUACUCCACAAAUAAA